AUGACUGAUACACACCAAUCAUGGAUUGAUAUGGCUACAGAAACUGAUGUUGCUAUCCAACAACCUGUAGUUGAGAAGGUUGAAGAAACACAAAAGCCACAAGAAAUGACAUAUUAUAAAGAAAGAUAUGGAGAAUCUGAUUAUGUAUUAAUGUUUUGGAAUCCAAGUCAACCUCUUGAACAAUGGAUGAUUAAAGACUUAUUAGAAGGAAUUGAUGUAAAAGCUAGAGGAAUUAGAGUAGGUAAAACUGGAAAGUGUUAUGCUGAUUUUGAAAAUGCUGAAACACUUGAACGAGUAAAAGAACUUGAUGGAAAUUCAGUAGGAGAUAUUGUCAUCACUAUUUCUGCUGUUCCACCAAGAGAUGACUCACAAAAGAAUUCAUUCAAUAAACCAAGAAGAGAUGGAAGAGAGCCAAGAGAAGAAGGUAAUGAACAAAGAAGAAGAGGUAGAGGAAAUAGGGAAGGUGGAUCAUACAGAGAAAGAAAAGAAAACCAAGAAAGAAAGGAACGUGGUGAUGGAGAAGAACAAGGACAUAGAGGACGUGGUGGAUAUAGAAAUAAUUAUAGAAAUGGAGAAAAACGAGAUUAUAAACCAAGACAUCAUUAUGGUAAUGAACAACAAAAAGAAUCUACAAAAGAAGAAGUAAAAUCAACAGGAACAACUCCUCAAGGAACAACAGUUGAAUCUAAACCAAUUGAACAUAAGACUGAU